GAUGUGGCGGCUGACUUGCCUCUCCUAUAUAUAAUUCUAUCUAUAGAUAUACCUCGCGAAUAUCAACUUCUCGUUGGAAGUAAAUAUAGUGGGGCGGUAGAAUGGUCCGGAGGAUGAGUGGCCAAGAGAGAAAGGUGGGGUCCCGGCUACCCAUUCGGUAGCAAAUGCUGGUAACCCGUCGCAAGGUCAAGAUCAGUCGGUUAAUCCCAUCCAGUCAGCCGAGGGCCUUGCACCUUCCACGACGUAUGACAAGUUCGCGAAUUUUUUGAAAAUUUACAGAACACCGAAAUCGGUAAAAAAUCUAAAUUGCUAAAUUACUAAAUUACUAAAAUUCAUGACACGUUAGGGAAAUAAUUAUCUUUUACGAAAAGGAACAGUUUAAUAAAGUUUCGGCACGGUGAACUCCUAAUGGGAGACCUUGAUGAUAACUUUAGAAAAGAUCAUCAUCAUCAUCGAUUGUCUGCAAUAAUUUGAUUCUUUCGGAAGAAGUUACUUUCAAUACCAAUAAUUCGGUGAUAUAUAGAAGUAGAAAGAAUUUUUGGGGUUAAAGUUUUUUUGUUAUGGAAACUUGCGUUUUGAUUCCUAGAGAAUUUUCCCUUGUUCUUGCCAACGAUCAAAAGUCCUGUAAGAAUCACAUUAAAAAUGAAUCCAAUACGAUAGUGACCGAUGUGAGAAUAUCAGUUUGGUCUAACGUCUUCAUUCCAGCGGGAACUCUUAUUUAUCCAUUUCAAGGCUCAAUCAGGUUCGACAAGAUUGACUUGUAUUCCCUUCUCGACGACAAUGAUAUUAGGCGAGAGUAUGGAUGUUAUGAUGAGGUAUCAUUCUCCAAUUACAAUCUUAAUAAACGACAGUGCAAUUGGAUACGAUUUUUAAGGAUCGUUCAGCACUACAGCGAUCAAGUGAACCUCAUUGGUACAAAAGUCAAAGGUGAACCGAUAUUCGAAGUGAUAAAGGACGUACAACCAGAUGCUGAAUUAGUCGCUUGGUUUCUACCAGCUAGUGAACAAGAUUUCCUCUUCAUCUCCCACAAUGUCUGUUCGAGAAGUGCAAUAUACAGAUGCACGAUUGACUCAAUUUUGGAUGAGUCGCCCUUGGAUCUGUCAAUGGCAUUGCUGUCGCAGCAUUCCUCAUCGUCGAGCCGGAAUUCGUUUUACGAGGUCGACGAGUACGAGUCAACGUCAGAGGAAUCGUCAUCAUCAACCCUCUCAUUUGUUGGCGAUAAUCUCGACUGCAGUAUUCUGACAACCAUUAAAAGAGGAGAGAGAGUUCUCCUUCCGUGUGAGGUCUGCGGAAAGUCCUUCGAUCGACCGUCGCUUCUAAAAAGACACAUGAGGACUCAUACAGGGGAGAAACCACAUGUCUGUAUGGUCUGCAACAAGGGUUUCUCAACCUCGAGCUCGUUAAAUACGCAUAAGCGUAUACAUAGCGGAGAAAAACCCCAUCAGUGUUUGGUCUGCGGUAAAAAGUUCACGGCAUCCUCAAAUCUUUACUACCAUCGCAUGACACAUAUAAAGGAGAAACCGCACAAGUGCUCCCAGUGUUCAAAAUCGUUUCCAACCCCCGGGGAUCUCAAGAGUCACAUGUACGUACACAACGGACUAUGGCCAUUUAGGUGCCAUAUUUGUAGUCGUGGUUUUAGUAAACCUACUAAUCUUAAAAAUCAUAUGCUCCUACAUCUUGGUAGGUGUGCUAAUAAGAAAUUUAUCAAAACCCUUCCCGAUUUGUAACGAAAAAGAAAAGAAAUCAACAAGAAAUUUAAAUUUUCGAAAUGCUUUAAGAUUUAACAUUUUAACGUUAAAACAUUUUUAAUUUGAAUGUUAAAACGUUUUAACAUUGAGACAUUUAACAUUCAAAAGUUCGAACAUUUUAACAUUUAAAUAUUUUAACAUUACAACAUUUAACAUUAAAAUGUUAAAACAUUUUAACAUUAAAGUGUUAAAACAUUUAACAUUAAAAUGUUUCAACAUUUAACAUUCAAAUGUUAAAACAUUUUAAUAUUAAAACAUUUAAUAUUCGAAUAUUAAGAAACAGUAAAACAUUAAACACUUGAAUGU